AAUGGAGCGUUUAGUUCCCGGUUGACGUUCGACGGUGCCGAUUCGGCUUUUCAUCGCCUUGUAUCAGUAGAAUUUUCCCCCACCGCAACCGAUUCUUAAGCUCGUGGCAAAGGGAAAUGCGGUACGAAGUGAAAACACCCGAAAGUGACCAUAACGCUCAUGAAUAAUCCAGUGAAAAUGAAAGCAAAUCAAACGAUUCUGCUUAUAUCUUUAUUUUUGGUCAUCCAACAAAGUUGCCAAGCUACGCAAAAGUCGCAGCUUGGUCAGCCGCUUAUACAAUUAAGUCACGACAACUCCGAUGAUGACUACCAAGUUAAGGACGAAAUACAUUUGGAGGACUUUUUUUGGACUGGUUCGGGCGAUGGCCCUCCGGAUUUCCUGAAAAAGGUGCACACGGGCAUUACCAAGGGCAAGGAAACGGUUUUCAAGACGGAAACAGUGGUGGCCAUCUAUGUGGAUGGAAAAAUGUGAGUUAAAGAAAUUGACAUACCCAUUUGCCUGGAUUGUAAACCGGAUGAUGGUGGCGGCACUUGGGAUAUGGGUGGUCCAGGAAUGCCUCCCCUGAAUUAUUCCGCCACGGAUCGAAGAUAUUGGCUGCUGACGGUCAUGUCGGGUUUCUAUACCGCCAAGGAUAACCCCACCUUAGAGGAGAAGCUGGCACUAUAUCGUCUGGCUUUUACCAGGCAGCAAACCCGUCAUCUUGGAAUAAAUGGAGCUCAGCAAAUCGAAGGGGUUAACCUACCGGCAGCUCCUAGAGAACGUCGGAAAUCGUUAACACCGCCACGAACCAGAAACACUACGGGAUCACCAGCAGAUGAUGUGGAAAUCUGGACAUGCAGGAGGAUAGAGCACUACAUCAAGACUGUGAGAAGACUGGGCGAAGACACCGAAUGGGCCAGCAACUCGGAGGAGGAGCAGGAGCAGUCCGAGGCCACCCCGAUGGGGGUCACCCCCUCGACCAGUACAGAAUCGAUAGAUUAUGGGGCAUACGUUACUCUGAUCCCCUGGGAGCUCAUACAGCAGAAUGGAAAAUCGGAAAAGUUGCGGGAAAUGCACGAAGCCUUGUUGACUAAGCAACCGCCGGUGCAGCAACAACAACAACAGGCGAUGGAAGGGGGGAUGGAACCACCCCGAUCCCAGCCCCAAACCCAACCACUCUAUAGGGACGAGCACGUCAGAGUUGUCAUACACAACCUAACGCAAAUUAGCGAGGCGGAUGUGCAAAAGUGGAGCACCAACACCAAUGGGUUCGGUACCAUGGAGGAGCACAACUACGUCAACCUCAAAUUCAGCAAUGAUCGUCCCAUAGCCAACCAAACAGAGUUGAUCUACACGGUUUUGGUGAAUGGUCGACCUGUUUUGGCCACCACAGCAGCUAAGGAUAUGGAACUGGUCAGCGAAUCGGAGGCGGUAAAGACUUUUGGACAGGCUGUCUAUAUGAAAUCCGAACCCUAUAUACGGAGCCCCGGCCACUGCUUUGCACCUGUUCCUCGAAGUGGACAGGCUGGGUUCUUCAACUCGGUGAAAAACAACGUGGCUUUGGUGGUAAUCAGCUCCUUGGCCAUUCUUCUGUUGAUGUUACUCCUUGUUGCAGUUCUACUCCUUGGAAGAACACGUUCCCGGCAAAGAGAACUUAGUGCAGUCAACAGAAACUCCUCCCGCAACGAAUUGCUCUCCGAGGGUCAAUCGAUGCGUCCCACGACCAGUGAGAGGACCGAAGGGGAACCGAGUCCAGGACAUUCGCAUUCCAGGGACACGGGUGUGCGGAACUUCUCCUACGAACGAGAGCCACGCAUCAGUUUUCCAGCUCCGCCGCAGGAGAACCAAUCUCGAUCCCGUCGGGAUUCCAUAACGUCAUCGACUGACAACACCGACUCCUCGGUGUACUGUCCCAUCAAUCCGCCGAGUGCCGAUGUCCAAAAUCUAGAUGACAAGGCAGCCCGUUUGUUUGAUGCUCAUAAGAGGCGUCAUCAAUACGAUCGAGCUGAGGGUCACGAGGAAACGGUCUACACAUCGGUGGUGUCCGAGAAGAGCGAUAAGAUGAGGCAUAAGUCAAGAAGGCGUUAUCUGAACGAGAAUCGCGUGGGUUCCCUGGAGACGAGUCCUGUUCAGGUCCUGGCGGGUCACUCCUCCGCGGAGGAUUCCCCGGAGGUCAUGCGUCGUAGUUACGAGAACUUUCAAAGGAACGAGGCCUUCAACCCCCACAACAACUAUCAUCGGAACAAAUUGCUGACUCAAAAAACUGGAAGAGGCGUUUCCGCCGAGGCCAUUAACAACGAGAUGAUAAGGAAUCUGCAACCCUCUGAUAAAUCCGACACGGCCAGUGUGGGAUCCUUCCUAUCGAUGGCAUCUGUGAGGGCGUUUCCCAAAAGUACUCACCCGGAACCCCUUAACCGAGUCCUAGACCUCUUCGUCACCUACUACGACAAUGUGAAUGCAGUGGCGCCGCACAACUCCACGAGAUCUCUGAGAUCCCAUAAGUCCCAGGGCAGCAAGGACAACACCAUAGCCACCAUCGCCAGCUUUCCCAGUCCCAAGGCACCGCCGUCAUCCGUUAGGAAUGUGCGUUCCGCCUCGCACAGCGAUAAUCCGGAUCCGGGAGUUGUGGGUCCCGUGGUCUGGGAGCGGCACAAGAAGAAGCAGACGCAGGAGGCCCUCAACUAUGCGGACUACAAUCCCAGUCCGCUGCACAAUCCGUCGGCAAUACGAAAUCACUACGAGGGGCUUUUGGAGGGAGCCCUGCAAAUGUACUCCAGCCAGGAUGAUAUACCCAUGCCCUUGCCCACCCAGAAUUUCACGAACAACAGGAGGGUUACGAAGAGGGAGCACAGGGGCUCAUCGGCGGGGUUGCCCAGUUUUCAUCCUUCGGGAGGGUCUAAAACCAUUGCUGAACGUCCGGCCACAGCCCAGCCGGAAAAGACCUCCAAGUCGGCGCAUUCUACGCAACCACCAUCCCCGACUUAUAGUGCUUGGGGAGGAGGGAGUAUGUAUAGCUCGCACUCCACCCUGAAUCGGCCCGUGAGCGCAGGUCCUACUCAAAGGAUGGAGAACAGAUCGGAUCCGUCUAAUCCAGCUGGAAGUUCAUCGGGAACUGCGCCCCUUAUCGAGGCCAUACAAUCCGAGUUGCGCAAGUUCAAGCAACAGCAGGAGUAGAUCCCAUAUUUAUGAUCUUAACUUUGUCAUGGCAUAUCUGUACCAAAAAUGUUUGCAAUUCAUUUAGAAUAAACUUUUCUUAAUACUCGAAAAA